CCCACCAUCACACCCGCCUCUGAACCAGCUGCUCCAGCUUGUUUCUGUCUCCACCCUGUACACAGGUCACACUCAGACCUGUUUUCUGCUAAAGCUGCUCAUUAUUUACAGGAUUCUGUGGAUUUAAAGGCUGCUCCUGGAAGAGAGAUGUAUUUUACUAAGGCCCAGGUCUUAUUAUUAUGGCUUAUCUCUUUAUAUCACGCUCCAGCUCCAGUCCUGUGCUCAGAGGAUGAGACCCGGCUGGUGAAAACCCUGUUCACAGGGUACAACAAAGUAGUUCGUCCAGUGAAUCACUUCAGUGACGCUGUGGUCGUCACCGUGGGACUGCAGCUGAUCCAGCUAAUCAGUGUGGAUGAAGUCAACCAGAUUGUGACCAGUAAUGUUCGUCUCCGACAGCAAUGGACAGAUGUGAACCUGAAGUGGAAUCCAGAUGAUUACGGAGGCAUCAGAAAGAUCCGAAUCCCGUCAAGCGACAUCUGGAAACCUGACUUGGUGCUCUACAACAAUGCCGAUGGUGACUUUGCCAUCAUCCAUGAGACUAAAGUCCUGCUGGAGUACACCGGCAUGAUAACGUGGAACCCUCCUGCCAUCUAUAAGAGUUACUGUGAGAUUAUUGUUCUCCACUUCCCAUUUGACCUGCAGAACUGCAGCAUGAAACUGGGCACAUGGACAUAUGAUGGCACACUGGUCGUCAUCAACCCAGACAGUGACCGGCCUGACCUGAGUAACUUCAUGGAAUCUGGUGAAUGGGUGUUGAAGGACUACAGGAGCUGGAAACACUGGGUUUACUACACCUGUUGUCCUGACACUCCAUAUUUGGACAUCACCUACCACUUCCUGAUGCUUCGGCUGCCGCUUUAUUUUAUUGUCAAUGUCAUCAUUCCCUGCAUGCUGUUCUCUUUUCUUACCGGACUUGUCUUCUACCUUCCCACUGACUCUGGUGAAAAGAUGACCCUGUCCAUCUCUGUCCUGCUGUCUCUGACUGUCUUCCUGCUGGUCAUCGUGGAGCUCAUACCGUCCACAUCGAGCGCGGUUCCUCUCAUAGGGAAAUACAUGCUCUUCACCAUGGUGUUUGUCAUUGCCUCCAUCAUCAUCACAGUCAUUGUCAUCAACACACACCACCGCUCACCCAGCACACACACCAUGCCGGCAUGGAUCCGAAAGGUCUUCAUCGAAACUAUUCCCAACAUGAUGUUCUUCUCAACGAUGAAGCGUCCCAGUCAGGAGAUCCGGCAGAAGAGACUGUUCCCUACUGACAUGGACAUCUCUGACAUUUCAGGUAACCCCACCCCCACCAGCAUCACCUACAAGUCUCCCAUCAUGAAGAAUCCUGACGUUCGCAGUGCAAUCGAGGGAGUGAAGUACAUCGCUGAGACCAUGAAAUCAGAUGAGGAAUCGAACAACGCAGCGGAGGAGUGGAAGUUUGUUGCCAUGGUGUUGGACCACAUCCUGCUGUGUGUGUUCAUGGCAGUGUGCAUCAUUGGGACCCUUGCCGUCUUUGCUGGCAGGCUCAUUGAGCUCAAUAUGUUGUAAAUAAAGAAAGGUGUUUUGGUCAGUUA